AUGAUAAAUAGUACGAAAGGCAGCGUGGAGCACGACAAAGGAGAAGCCGCGAUGAGCAUGGAGGAGCUGCAGGAUGAUCUCGGUGGUAUUGUGCAUCUCGAGCACAUCAAUCUGUGCAUUCCAGAACAGCCCAAAGCGAGCGUGUUCUACUUCGAAGGCUUGGGUUUCACACGCGACCCUUUCUUCAACGUUGGAGCCAGCACCAUGUGGUGCAACAUUGGCUACCAACAGAUCCACCUCUCGCCAGGGGAACCGCAGGUCGUGCGAGGUCACAUCGGUUUGGUUGUGCCAAGCCUUGAUGACUUGAAGAAACGACUUGUCCAGCCCAAGGUGGUGGAUGGGUUGCAGGGCACCAAGUUCAGCUGGUCUGUACACGCGGCCGGUGAUGCUGAUGCCCGCCACUACAUUCGAGGGUUCGAUGCCUCUAAAGAGGGUUACCUCGCAGUGACUGGCCCCUACGGCAACCAAUUUAGGAUAUACGAGGCCACCCCCGAAAUUGCAGUCAAGGGCAAUCUCGGUAUCGUCUACCUGGAAGAGCUGUGCAAAGAGGGCACGGCCGACAAGAUUGCCGCCUUCUACCGGCACGACUAUCAUCUGUCUCAACAUUUCACAUGCCUCCUGCGGCGACAAUUCAUCAGGUUCUGCGGGGCGUUCCUGCGCACCGGCGAUCUGGGCAUCGUUGGUGCGGUGGUGCGCAAGGGCCUGUUCGCGCACCUGUGGCGUGACCUGCCUCACGACUCCCUCCCGCUCGCCCAAGACCUCCUCCCCGUGCUGCACAAGCAUGUCCUCCUCAACCCGCUUCUCCCCAACAAGCUCAAGCAAUACAUCUUCACACCCUUCGCAGUCGAGCAGGUCGCGCGGCUGCUCAAGGCCGCUUGUGGCCGCCAGGACGUCAGGCUGCAGCGGCUCGUAUCCAACUUCAUCCGCGACGUCGCUGCCACUGACGCCGGCCUCUUUGGCUCCGCCUCGACCCCCUCCAACGCCAAAGCGGCCAAGGCGCUUUCAGAGGCGGAGCAAGAGAAGCAACGCAAGAGGGAACGAGCAGUCGUGCGCCUCUUGGCCGCCCUCGACGCUAACAUGGACCCCGUGCAGCAGCGCCUCGUACUCCAAGUCCUCAAGGCCAACCCACGACUCAUUCCGGACUAUGUGGCGGCGCCGAGCUACUCGCUGGACCCGCGGCCGACGCUGCUCUGGCUGGCCAACGUGAACCUGUUCGCCAGGGUUCUCUCCCUGCCGAUCGACCACCCGUCCGGUAUCGCCCUGCCGCCCGCGCCGCUCCUUGGCUCUGCCACCGCCGAACACGAGGAAGAGGAGCGCGACGCCGAGAACUGGGCCGUCAAGGCCGCCGAGCAAGCUGCGGGAACAUCGCCUGUGCUUCUUGAACGAAUGCCGUUCCUUGUGAGCCUGGACCUGGACAUACUCCGAAAGACUGUUUCGUGGGAGGCGUCGCUCAAAUUCGACCAUGCCAAGCGACGCUUGACCGAGGGCAAGGCGUACAAAGCACAGAAGUUGAUUUGGCUGUCGAUCCGUUACCUCAUCUUCGCCAUCCAGUUGAUCGACAAGGUGAGAUGA